AGAUGAGAACUGAUUGUGCUCAUGUAGCCACGUGAUUCUCAUGUGUUGACAUGAAAAAUUUUCGCAUUUAAAUUGUUAUUUUCAUUUUUUCUUUUUCUUUUUCUUUUGAUUUUCUCUUUUUUUUGUGUUAAUUGUUAAUUGCAUUGGUUCUCUUUUUUUAUGUGAUAGUUAUGGCAUCGAGUUUGAAAGGUUUGGUUGCUUUUGUCACCGGAGGUUCUUCGGGUUUGGGUCGGGCGACUUGUCUUCAUCUUUUGUCGAAAGGAGCGACCGGUUGUUACUCUUAUGAUCUUCAGGCUUUUCCGACUCAACAAUUGGACCGUUCGAUGAGUGAGAAUAUUGGAAAGAAAAUGGUUUCCUAUCGAGGUGAUGUUCGAGAUUCCGAGAAACUGGCCAAGGCUUUGAAUGAGUGUAAAAAGAAAUUUGGUAAAAUCGAUGCGGUUAUCAAUUGUGCUGCUGUUUCGGUCGCUUUUAGAUUGUACAAUUUCAAGACUAAUGUACCACAAAAAUUGGAUGAUUUUAAGGCCACUUUAGAUAUCAAUGUAAUGGGAACUUAUAAUGUUUGUCGAUUGGCAGUUUCUCAUCUUGCAAGUAACGAGAUUGAUCCGGAAACUGGACUAAAAGGAAUCAUUAUCAAUACUUCAGGAAUCGCUGGUCAAGAUGGACAAAUUGGUCAGACAACUUAUGCCGCUUCCGCUGGAGCGAUUGACAGUUUAACUUAUCCUUUGGCUCGAGAAUUUUCAUUGCAAAAGAUACGAUGUGUCUCCAUUUGUGUGGGUUAUUUUGACACUCCAGUUCUGUCCACUUUCCCUGAUUGGGCCAAAGAAUAUCUAGUUAAUUAUAGUAUAGCUCCGAAGAUGAUUGGAUCACCUGAUCAUUAUGCGACAUUAGUUGAGGACAUAAUUACCAAUCCAUUUAUCAACAAGACGACAAUCAAUUUAGAUGCCGGAAUGAGACCUCAAGUUCAUAAAACAUAGACAAUAAUACAACUGUAAAUGUUUUUUUCCCGAUCAAUUAACUAGUGAUUGUAUUUACAAAUCCAAAUCCAAUUUUAGUCCAUCUUUCAUUAAUCCAAUCAUCGACUCCAUCAUCAAAAAUCAACAGCGUUACAAUUAAAUUUGUGAACAGAAAUUACCAUUAACUUCUUGUGAUUUGUGCAAUUGACUUUCGAGUCAAAAUAAACGUACAAUUGUUGGAGACGAAAUUAA